ACACUUAAGGCGCUUGAACGUCCAAGGCCCGGCAAGCCAACUCCGCCUUUUGCGGGAAAAGAGAAACCUGAAAGUUUUUUCUUGUUUAAAAAAAUUGGUCAAACAUAAUUUUUUUUUUAGUUUUUAAAUUUGUUUUUCUUCUAUAAAUCUCCAUUACAGCCCAGCCCAUCUUCUUCCCCUUUUCUAUCUCCUUCUCUCUCUUAGCUUUUGCUUAGCUUGUAUUCACCAAACAAUUUCUUUUUAUUUUUCCCCUUGUCUUUCUCUUUCUUUGUGUUCAUUUCACUUGGAUUAUAAGAAUCCCAAGUUUUCUGCAGCUUUUUGGAGUCUAUUUACUAAAUCUUCAACUGGGUUUUUAAUUUUAUCUCUGAAUUUGGGAUUCUGUAGGUAGCAAAGUUGAUUAUGGAGAGUGAGUUCUUUUUGAAUGCAGGAAUCCCUCCACCGCCAUUGCAUUUUGAGCCAAAUUUCACCUCUGCAUUGCCAACUUGGCACUCACUUUCUUCCGCCAUGGAAAUGCAAGGUAAUGAACUUUAUUGUUCCACUGAGCAGUCACCUGAUUGCUUCUCUGCUCCCAACUGGGAAAAGUCAACGGAUCAAUGUCUCAACUUUGACUCUGCUCUGAGUUCAAUGGUGUCCUCGCCGGCGGCUUCCAAUUCUAACUUAUCCAGCGACGGUAUUAUGAUCAGGGAACUCAUUGGAAAAUUGGGAAACAUCAACCCUGGAGAGAUCUCCCCGCAUUCUCAGCCUAUGUUGGCAGCUUCAUAUAUUACCCCUGGAAACAACAGCACCAACAAUUCCUGUUAUAGUACUCCACUGAAUUCACCACCCAAGCUGAAUUUGCCUCCGUUGGAUAAAUUUUCCAAGGAAAAUUUGAAUUUUCCCAGCUUGGGGAAGCCAAUGGCUUUGAAUUCCAGUGUGGCAGAAUUCACAGCUGAUCCUGGAUUCGCUGAGAGAGCUGCGAGGUUCUCUUGCUUUGGCAGCAGGAGUUUCAAUGGCAGAAGCAGCCAAUUUGGGCUGAACAAUGCAGAACUUGCUUAUAAAAGCAAUCAAUUAAUGGGAAAUGGCAAGUUGCCUCGAGUUUCUAGUACUCCUUCUCUCAUGGUGAUUGGAUCUCAAAAAGGGAACAAUUCUUCAUUGCAGGAUCGAUCUGAAUUGGCAAAUUCUUCUCAGUCCUCCUUAUCUGAACAAAACCCAACUGGGGAAUCUGCUAUGAAGGUCUCCUGUGAGUUGAAUUCCAAGAAAAGAAAAUCAGUUUCCAGAGGAAAAGCAAAAGAAUCGCAGCCAAACUCAACCCCACCAGCCAAUUCAGCUAAGGAUGCAGAAAUUGAAAACAAUUCAAAUUCAAAACGAAGCAAGCCAAAUGAAGGAAAGGGAAAUGAAAAAACUGCUGUUAAAGCAGAGGAAGAUCAGAAGGGAAGCGACGGAGAUGAGAAACAAACGAAGAAUAACAACUCAAAGCCUCCAGAGCCGCCGAAGGACUACAUUCAUGUCAGAGCAAGAAGAGGUCAAGCCACUGACAGUCACAGCCUAGCUGAAAGGGUUCGAAGAGAGAAAAUCAGUGAAAGAAUGAAGCUCCUUCAAGAUCUUGUACCAGGUUGCAAUAAGGUCACCGGCAAAGCUCUUAUGCUUGAUGAAAUUAUAAAUUAUGUGCAGUCAUUGCAACGCCAAGUGGAGUUUCUCUCCAUGAAGUUGGCUUCUGUGAAUACCACCAGGCUGGAUUUCAACAUGGAUACCCUCAAUUCAAAAGAUAUAUUUCAAUCAACAAACCAAUUGCAAAAUCCAAUAUUCCCAAUAGAUUCCUCGGCAACAGCCAUUUUUGGCCACCAACUUCAGCAAAAUCCAGCACUACACAGCAACAUUGCUAAUGGGACAGUGACCCAAUGCUCUGUGGUCCCAUUAGAUACUGGCUUAUGCCAAACCCUCAAUAUGCAGUUACCCCCACUUGAAGGAUUUAACCAUAAUGACCCUCAGUAUCCAACAUUCUGCGAGGAUGAUCUCCAAACCAUUGUUCAGAUGGGUUUUGGUCAGAAUCUGAACCAGGAAACAACAUUGCAGGCACACAACUUUACUGGUCCAAAUCAAGUUUCCCACAUGAAAACAGAGCUGUAGUUACCAUUCUAUGCUCCCAAAUUGAAGGUCCAGAUAGAAAAUGAGAGAAGAAGGCUGCUGUAUAUACAAGAAAUUGAAUUUGGACCAGCAAAAGAACUACCAAAUCAUUUAUCAUUAGGUUAAUGAAGAAGAUAAUUAUUAUUUUUUUCCUUGAUGUUAAAUUCUUUUUGGUCAAGGAUUUUUUUUUUAUUCUAUUUUCUUGUGGAGUUUUCUUGCAAGUAUCCACUGUAAAAUCCUAGAAGGUGCAAAGUAUUGUAGCACCACAUGUAAGAUAUAAUGCUAAUUAAUUAAAUGAAGAAAAAAAAAAUUAUAUUAA